CGACCAAAUGUAUAUAAAUACAAACAUCUUUUUAAAUAAACGACUUGAAAAGUUAUCUCUGUUGGAUCAACGGUAUCAUUCAAAGGCGAUAAUGUUGAAUAUAUCAAAAGUUUUUGUUAUAGUUGCUGUGUUAUCACGUGUUUACAGUGAGCCUACACGAGGUUGGAGAGAAAUUAGUAUACAUUUAAGGAGGUCUAUCGGAUCUGCGACCUCGGCGGCAGAGAAACUUCAUGUAACAUACGUUAGCAUGUUGAAAGCAUACGAAAAAUUAAAUACAGGCGUAGACAGGGACCAAUACUGGGUAUCAUUUAUAGCAGAUUCUAUGGAAGGAGUUCGUCAAGAAUGUCAGGCAUAUGUUUUGUGGCUAUUUACACCGAACUUUAAGAGAAUAGUUACCGGAGCAACCUGUAAGCCUAUUCCAGAGCCAGCAUACUAAAGUUUAUAUUGUACAUAUUAUGUACAAGGAGACCAAGCGUUACAUGCAACUACGUCAAUUUCGAUGCGAAUCUGACAGGACCAUAUCAUAACGCUACUGGACUUGCAAAAUUUAAAUCAAAGCUUUGUAAGCCUUGUCGAAAAUCAUGAUUUGUAAAAACAUUAAAUAUAGUCAAUUUUCAGAACUUCA